AUGGCACUGAAUCAGGCAUCGCUUUACCCGCAACUCCGACUUGGCAUUGGUGACUACUUCUCUGUUCACGACUCAUCGGACAUGAAAGUGAUAGCGAUGGAGCUGGCAGAGUAUCUGACGAUACCUAUGAAGACUAUCUUGGAAAUAAACGCCGCAAGUGCCGCGCUUAUCGAUGCAGACAAGAACGACUUGGCUCCUGAGGCAAGUGAGAUGGAGAGUUUCAAGAAGUGGGCGUUGCAAUUCAGCCUCAUCCGACAGAAAAGCGAAUAUCCUGCAACCGAGCGUGGUGGCUUUGCCAACUGCUCUGUCAAAACCUUUUGCAAGGAUCAUUUCCCAAAUAUCACGCCCGAGAACGAGCUCGAUCACACUCUUGAAUACCUGAAAAACGCCUUGACUUCAAUUUUCUCGGCCCGUAAAGUGAGAAUCUAUGCACUCGACAAAGUCAACAACGCGCUUGUCAUCAAGUUUUCUGACGAACGACUGUCGAAGAGAAGCGUGGAUAUUACGUCAAGUACCGGGCAGCGGGUUCUCGAGACGGGCGGGCCGAUUUGUGUUAAAGACGCGGUAGAGUUGCUGAGAGACGAGUUAGAUGAAGAUGACGUAGCUCGGGAACUCUACCAACCAGAUACUAUCGUUCUAGCAGCUCCAUUCUUCGAGUUUGAUGCCAUGCAGACUAAUGGCGGCUCAACGGGAACUGCCAAGAUUGUGGGUGUGUUGGAGGUCAUCAUUGAACCCAGCGAUCAUGAAGGCGAUGUGGGCUCUGCCACCAGCAACGACUUCUGUAUCCUUGAGUUUGUCACGGAGGAGAUUGGGCGCUAUCUCUUUUUCCACUACGAGCGCUUCUUUUACGUGUCGUCACACACCGAUACAGCGCCACCUGGUGCUACUGGAACCUGCGAGUUAGAGUUGUUCCCUUCUCCGCCCGAAGGUCCAGUUCAACAAGACCAUCGCCAACUCGUCCUAAACAUCGGAAAAACUCACUUGAAUAUCUCCGAGACUAUUUCCGUCGCGAAAAUCAGCAUCCAACAUGGAUCGACAGUUCUCUAUGAGACCAGCACCUUGCUGCGGUAUGAGUCACACCGUGACUCACAUGGAGACAAAUCGCACCUGUCUUCAACUAGUCGCGAGGUCACUUGCGACCCCAGUGGUGGUAUCGAAAUGGGUCUUCGCUUGAUCGAUAUGCCCCACGGCUCGCACUUAAAGUUCACCUUUACGACUAAAGCAGGUGACGUGAUUGCGUGGAGUGGACUUCACUUAUUCGACUUUGGACACACAUUACGAACCGGAAGUACACUCAUGGAGAUCGUGAUGCUUCCUGCGGGAUCGGGAAUAAUCACGCCUCUUGACAUCGAGAAUUGUUUACGCCAUGACAAACUCAACCGCCACAAAGUUGGCAGUAUGGAGGUCACGCUGGAGUUAUCAGGCUCGUGUCCUCAAUCGUUUGCCUUCUCGAGCAUCUCCUCAAGCAAGAAGAAGAGUAUCGCCUUCCGAGCGUCUAUCUUCUUCAAGCGUGCUAGUGAGCGAAAGUCCGAGUCUCGUGAGAUCCUGUCUUUAGAGACUAUUCCAGUGGACAAGCAAAGGCUCUUACAGCGACUGAGAAGAGACCCGCUGGUCGAUCUGUCAGCUGACGAUCGCACUUUCAUUUGGACUUCUCGACUGAUGUUGAUGGAAGAUUCGGCACUGCUCCCUGCGUUUCUACUGUCCGUGGAUUGGGGACAUCGGGAGCAGGUGCUGGAGGCGUAUCGCUUGCUGUUGCACUGGAAGCAACCGACUUACCUGCAAGCUCUCCAAUUGCUGAGUCCUCUCUAUUCGGACCCUAAAGUGCGCGCUUACGCUGUUCGAUGCAUGCACGCGUUGCCCGAUUAUCGACUGCAACUGUAUCUACUGCAGCUAGUUCAGGCGCUGAAGAACGAACGUUACCAUGACUCAGCGCUCGCUCGGUUCCUACUGAUGCGUGCAUUGACAAACCCGUCACAGAUUGGCUAUUUGCUGUAUUGGUUUCUAAAGGCAGAGUCACACAACCAGCAAACAGCCGAACGCUUUAACCUGAUCUCGUCCCAAUAUCUUCAGCUUUGUGGAAACUACAAGUUAGAGAUCCGUCAGUCGGUUUACGUGAUGAAGAAACUCGAGGAGGUCGCAGCAAUCGUCAAAAGUGAGUCCUCAUCCACAGCUCGUAAGGAGAAGUUGCACAAGGCAUUGGAAGCUGUCGUCUUUCCUGAUACCUUCCAGCUGCCUCUGCAACCACGAUCUUACUGUACUCGUGUUAUUGUGGAGAGCUGUCGAGUGAUGGAGUCGAAGAAACGUCCACUGUUCUUACAGUUCGAAAGCGCCAAAGCGCAACAUGGCCGACCGUAUGUGAUCUUUAAAGCUGGCGACGAUCUCCGUCAAGAUCAACUGGUUCUUCAGAUUCUUCGCGUCAUGGAUGAUCUAUGGCGUGAGGCUGGACUUGAUCUCUGUCUAUUACCGUAUGCUUGCAUCUCCACGGGUGACGAAAUAGGUAUGAUUGAAGUGGUUGGUGAUUCGGAGACACUGGCGAGCAUCAUAUACGCUCGUCACGCAAAGUCGAUAACAAAACUUGGUAGGAAACUCAAUGCGGCAAAAGAUGCUCUUAUUAAGGACGGCGUUCUCUCGGAGUGGUUGUAUAAACAACCAGGUUCUCCGACGAACAAAGCACGAGCCACUUCUGCUGAUGCUGCACUUGAUGCUGUAUCGCCAACCGGCUCUGCUCCUAGUAGCCCAGCGAAGGAUGAAGAGCGUGCUCGAUCGAUUUCUUCGUGCUUCCCAAAAUUGUCUCCUCGUCGCCGUAAGAAAUCGACGUCUAGUCGAGAUUCGGAAACAACGCAGAAUUUCGUACGCUCCUGUGCAGGUUACUGUGUAGCAACAUACGUUUUGGGCAUUGGAGACCGCCACAACGAUAACAUUAUGUUGCAGCGUUCAGGAAAGUUUUUCCACAUCGACUUUGGCCAUUUUCUGGGGAAUUUCAAGUCGAAAUUAGGUGUCAAGCGUGAACGGGCCCCGUUCGUGUUUACCCCUUCGAUGCUAGACACAAUGGGAGGCAAGAAGAGCGAGAAUUAUCAACAGUUUCAGCAACUCGCAUGCGAGGCGUUCCAGGUGCUGCGUACCAACUCGAACCUUCUCAUUACAUUGUUGGUUUUGGCGCUUACGUGUGGCAUCCCCGAGCUUCACAGCGCUAACUGCAUCAAGUGGGUGCACAAGACUCUGAUGCUCGAUCUGCCCGAUAACGAGGCCUCCGAAGCUUUCAAGAAACUCAUUCACGUGGCACUGCACACCACAACUACCAAACUCAACGACGCCGUGCAUCUUAUGGCGCACUAA